AUGUGUCGGCCAGCAGACCCUUAUUGUUGGCAUAACCCGGCUCCCAUAGAGAGCACCGACACUCUCGACACUCUCGACAAGCCUGUCUCAUUCGACUCUGACCCAACUACAGCCACAAAGGCAGAUGACACCAGGAGAAGCGGGCUUCCUCCUUCACCCGCAGGUCUCUCUCGUGCGCUCUUCUUCCCGAAACAUACCAGCAAAGUGACACACCUGCCAAUUUACGAAGUUGGCAAUGCGUACAAUGAGGCUGUCAAGGACGCUCCCUUGGGGUCUGGCAUGUACAAAAUCAACAUGAUGUUCAUGCGCCGACCCAAGGGCGACGGAACGGAUUCUGAUGUUGAAUUCUUUGUCGACGUGGCCAAUGAUGGAACCUUCGUCACCAUUCAUCAAAGAAGCCUCGUUCUCGAUGAGGGCCUUACGAUUACAAUGUGA